AUGUCGCAGGAUACAGGAUUGUUCAGCAUCAGGCGCACCCGCGAGCUGUCUCAGUCUAUGGCGAUGGGUAGCCAAAAUUACUCCGCUCUUCCGCAACCCUCCUCGGCCUUGAAGCGCACCAGCUCCAUUGGGUACCAGAAUCCUCCUUUCACCUCUCAGCACACGCGUAUGUCGCUUCUCAACUCCGCCAGUCGCCCCCAACAGCCCAACUUUCAGCGUUCUUCUUCUGGUGGAGGCUUUGGUGCCGAUGCCGGUCUCUCAUCAGUCAGACGCUCCGUCUCCAGUAAUAUGUUCCAUGGUCCUAGUGUCGGGCGCCCAAGCUUUGCUCCCGGGCCGAUGUCGUCGCAAAGCACAGCAGGGUCGCAAGGAUUGCAACGGAGGAGUAGUGUCUUUUCACGACCAUCUGUGGGUGGCGCCAUGGGUCAUCAUUCUUUCUUCACUCAAGUCCCGUCAGUUGCUGGUGUCCCCAGGGACCCACGGCCACUCAGGGACAGGUCUUUCCAAGCUCGUAUUGGACAAGAGCUCUUGGAAUAUCUGACGCAUAACAAUUUUGAGCUUGAGAUGAAGCAUUCACUGGGGCAGAACACCUUACGGUCUCCUACUCAAAAAGAUUUCAACUACAUCUUCCAGUGGCUGUAUCAUCGCAUUGAUCCCGGGUACAAGUUUCAGAAGAGCAUGGAUGCGGAGGUACCACCUAUUCUCAAGCAACUACGUUACCCCUACGAAAAGGGUAUCACUAAGUCGCAGAUUGCGGCUGUGGGAGGCCAGAACUGGCCGACAUUCCUCGGUAUGCUGCAUUGGUUGAUGCAACUCGCUCAGAUGAUGGAUCGAUAUUUGCUCGGGGAAUACGAUGAAGCUUGCGCAGAGAUGGGAGUCGAUGUAUCCGGCGACCGGAUUAUCUUCCGUUUCCUUACAAGUGCCUACCAUGACUGGCUGCAAGGCGGGGAAGAUGAGGAUGACGCAACAGCAGAGAAGAGACUAGUACCUCACGUCGAAAUGAUGGCCCAGGAGUUUGAAAGAGGAAAUGAAAAAUAUGUUCAAGAGAUGGAGUCUUUGGAAGCCGAAAACCGAGCGCUACGUGACCAGAUUGAAGAGAUGGAGAAGAACGCUCCGGACAUGGCCAAGCUAGACAAGCACUUCAGGAUUUUGGAGGACGACAAGAGGAAGUUUGAGGACUACAACCAGAAUGUCCAGGGCAAGAUCGAGAAAUAUGAGACCCGUAUCAAAUUCCUGGAUGACGAGCUUAAGAAGACGGAGGAUGACCUGCAAGCCGCCGAAGAGGAGCGGGCUGGGCUUCAGGCCAGUGUUGACCAACAAGGCCUGACAAUCCAGGAUAUUGACCGUAUGAACACGGAACGUGAACGCCUGCAGAGGAAUCUUGACGAUACGGUCAAUCGGUUGGAAGAAACGCACGCGCGGGUCAUGGCAAAGGAGGCCGAGGCUAGUAGAAAACUCGAAGAUUUAGAGGAGAUCGUCAAGGUCUACAACACGCUCGGAUACCAGAAUAGUUUGAUUCCUUCGUCAGCUGUCAAUGCCAAGGGCGACGAUUACGAACUCAGUCUCAACGUCAACGAGAGCAAUUUCUCCGCCUCUCAGGUCGGUGGUCUAGCGAACCGAAUCUCUACCGAUGGAGAUCGACUAUUGGCGGACCCGUUCACUGGCUAUCACCCAGCACACUUGCUCAACCUCGAUCUCCGCGGCAUCGUGCGCAGCAAUCUACAGGCUCUCCGGAAGGAGAUCAACGAGCGCCGGAAGCGUGCCAUUGAUGAUGACUUGGAACGACGCAAUCUCUUGGACAACAUCAAGGAAGCAAUGGACGAGAAGCGAAGCGAGGUUGAGGCUUUGGAGCAUAAGGCACGUGCCGCUGAAGAGGAAUUCGAGCGGCUCAAGGAGGUCACCACAACGCAGAAGCUUGCUUCGGAUGCACAGAUUGAAAAGAUGGAGAAGGAGCUGGCCAAGAUGCGAGCCACGUUGGGCGAAAGCGUCCAACUGAUGGAGCAGCGCGAGAUGAAUACUAACAUUGAGUAUGAACAAUUGACUCUCCGCGCAAAUGCGUUGCGUGAGGAGCUACACACCAAUGUGGAGAGCAUGCUGAACGAUGUCAUCCGUUUCAAGGUCCAUAUUCAAAAAGGUCUGGAAGACUACGAGAGCUUUGUUGUCGACGAGGUCGAGCAGGAAUUGGGUGGUGACAUGCAGUUUGCAGAUGAGGACAUUGAAAUGGGAGUUGAAGAGGAAGAGGAGGAGCUUUGA